AGUUCAUUGCGAUCUGUGUUGGAGGAAACAUGUGCUUUUUAGUUCCGCAUUAUCGCGAUUUUUGAUAAUUUCCCUCAUUUAGUGCUUAGUAAAGAAUUCUACAUAAAUAUUUGAUGAAGUUCUAUGUACUUAACUGUGAUUUUCAUUAAGUUUUGCGAAAGUGUUGGUGAAAGGGGUUGUAAAUCAAUUCACUGGAGAUCGAUAAAGUGGGAUUAUUCAAUCUUUUUGAUAAGAUAUUGCACUGAAGGUUGAUUGGAGAGCUUAAAACCAAAGAAGGUGUUAGUUAAAUCAAUGUGCUAUCUUUGUUCGGGAAAUCUUGUGAUCUUCAAGUGAAGACUUCUAAUCAAAAUAAACAUUCCCAUGUGACUUCAAAGAGCCACAACAGAGACAGAAAAUGGUCGUGAAAGCGUCUGAAAUGCCAGAGGCGGAGAAGUCUGGCGAGGAGAUUACCAAAAAUGAUCAGAAGAAGAAAAAAAGGAAGAACAGGUCACAGCUAGGACCCAACUUUGUUCCACCUGACGGUGGUUGGGGAUGGAUUGUGGCGAUAGCAGCUGGAUUUUCAAAUCUCUGCGCUCUUCCUGUUCUUCAGCAGUUUGGUCUUCUUUUCCGUGAACGCCUGCAAUCACUGGAGAUCUCCAGCUCUCAGAUCACCACUAUUAUCAAUUUAAAUCAAUGCCUAACGUCAUGUAUAGGUCUGGCCAACGGGCCUCUCUUCAGGAGAUUUACCUAUCGUCAAAUGGCCUUUGGGGCUGCUCUUGUGAUCGUUACCGGUCUAAUUCUGACGUCAAUUGCAAAUUCCUUUAUCACCUAUGUCAUCACAUUUUCAGUUCUCUACGGACUUGGCACUGGGGUCUCGAUGUCCUCGAAUGCCUUGGCCCUUAACACGUACUUUAGAGAGAAACGCCGUAUGGCUACAAGUUUCUCCUGGACAGUAACUGCCCUGGGGCCUAUAGUCCUGCCCCAUCUCAUUACCUACACUCUCCAGGAGUACGGUGUACAAGGUUCCGUAUUGAUAUUUGCUGGCAUUGCGUGUCACACAUUUGCAACUGCAUCCAUUUUUCAGCCUGCCCAGUGGCACAGUCGAAAGCCCAAGGGCGGCCAGGAAAAUCUACUUAAGGAGACUCAGAAAGAGCCCAACGAGGAGUGUGAGUACUGUAAAAAUCGUCAGAAGAAGAUCAGCACAGGUUUUCCCUACAUUUACAAUUCGGACGAUCCCAAUGUUACGGGUUAUGAGAUCCUGGAUCCAGGAACUCCUAUGUUAGCCCUAUCUAAUGAUGGUUGGUAUUCAGGAUCGGGCAUGAGAUCGGCUUAUGGAUCAAAAUGGUCUCUAACUUCCCAGAAAACCGGAAAACUCGAUGUUGAGUCCAAGAAGACCUCUGCAAAGACUUCAACGCAGAACUUAGUGCUAUCUAGUAGAUCAUCUUAUGUAAAUCUUGGUCAACUCAAUGAGGGUCCUCCUGGAAGACGAGAUCGCAGACCUACGAAACCUAGGAUUGAAGAAGUUGAAGUUGAGGACUGUCCAAGUUGGAAGGCUCCACAGGAUCUCUCUGAACUGGAGAAAUCCACCCUACCAACGACUCCACGGAAUUACCUUCAGCUUCCAUCUUACGAAGAAGCCAAAUACAUCCGCGAUAAUUAUAGUCUACGAUCCUUGAAGUAUCCAGAUGGUGAUCGUCGACGGAAGUCAAACACAUUCAGUGUUGAAAAAGAGGUCCUAAGGGAAGCUUCGAGACGCCUUGAAAUGUAUUUGAAUGAUGGCAGGAGGAAAAGCGGAGCUCCAGAAAAAUGUACAUGUGAAAAGGGUAUCAAGACACCCAAUAACAGUCUUCAUGAUGAACCUAUGAGCAGCAAGGAAGAGGAAGAUGAAGAUAUUGAUGAGAAGAAGUUUACUCUCCUCCAGAAAAUCGUCAUCUUCUUUGAUUUGGAUCUCCUCAAGGACUUUACCUACGUCAACCUGAUGGUGGGAAUUACUGUGGCUAAUUUUGCAGAGAUCAACUUCAGCAUCUUGACUCCCUUCAUUUUGGGAGACUUUGGAUAUUCGAAAAAGGAAACUGCCUUGCUCAUGUCUCUCUUGGCUGGGAUGGAUAUUGGGGUGAGGUUCAUUAUUCCUUUCGUUGCAGGAAGGAUUGGUUGGGAGAACAAAACAUUUUUCCUGUUUGGAGUCAUGGGAAUGGCUUUAGGGAGAGUUGUUUUGGCACAUUUCCAAACCUUCUGGGUUGUUGUAGCGGUUUUCUGUUGCAUUGGCCUGGGAAAGGGAUUGAGGACAGUCUUCAUGGCGCUCGUUAUACCCAGCUAUAUCCCUCUUGAUCGCCUUCCAGCAGCAACAGGCCUUCAACUUCUCUUCGCAGGAAUUUUCUACUUCGUUGUAGGACCUCUAGUUGGAUUAAUUCGUGAUGCCACUGACUUCCCUACAACCCUCCACUGCCUCAACGUGGCCACAUAUCUUACAGCAGUUUCUUGGGGCUUCGAGAAGUUCCUUCAGUGGCGAAAAGAGAAACUCAAAAAUCGAGAAAUCGAGAGUGAUAAUUGAUUUGUGAUCACUUGAUAGACUUUUAUGUGGGUGACAAAGCUCUGUGAGUUGAUUUUAUAUUGAUGUAUUUGUUAUUGAUUGUUUAAUAAAGUUUGUGAUGGACA